AUGGAAACCAUAUACGACGAGAUAGAGAUCGAGGACUUCACAUUUGAUCCCAUAACCCAGUUGUUCCAGUACCCAUGUCCAUGUGGGGACCGUUUCGCAAUCAGUUUCGAUGAUUUAAAAGAUGGGGAAGACAUAGCAGUUUGUCCCAGUUGUUCGCUUAUGGUCAAGGUGAUCUACGAGCCCGAGGACUUGGACGAGUACGAGGAGGAGUUGAAGUAG